AUGCAGAUGUCGAUGUGGGUUAUAAAGCUUUUACUGAUAAUAGUAUUCUUCUAUCUUGAAAAUUCACAGGCAUCAUCAUCUGCUUGUUCAGAGGUUGACAGAUUGGCUCUUGUUGGUUUUAAGGCCAGAAUAUUAAAGGACACUACUGAUUUACUGUCUACAUGGACAGGCAAAGAUUGUUGCGGGGGUGGCUGGGAAGGCGUUGAAUGUGAUCCGGCCACCGGCCGAGUUAACAAGUUGAUGCUGCAAAGCCCAUCUGCUGGUAAUGUGAGUGUUCAUAUGAUAGGCAUUUUGUCCCCCUCUCUUGGUAAUUUACAUUUCUUGGAGACAAUGGUAAUAAGUGGGAUGAAAAGGAUUGGAGGAACAAUCCCUCAAAGUUUCUCGAAUCUCAGUCGCCUGACUGAACUUGUCCUAGAUGACAAUGCCCUGCAAGGGGAAAUCCCUUCAAGUUUGGGUCAUUUGUCCUUGCUACAGACUUUCUCAUUCAAUGGCAACCAUUUGACAGGACAAAUUCCUCCUGCAUUAGGGAACUUGAAAGGCCUCCUUCAGUUGAAUUUAGCUAAAAACUCCCUCAUAGGUCCUAUCCCACCAAACCUUAAGAACCUCAUGAGCUUACAGUUUCUUGAUCUCAGCUUCAAUUCAUUAUCUGGGUUCAUCCCGGAUUUUUUAGGGCAGCUUCAAUCCUUGCAAUAUCUUGUGCUCACCAACAACCAGUUGUCAGGGCAGAUACCCAUUUCUUUGUUCAACCUAGUCCAGCUUUCAGAGCUGUCAAUUGAUCAAAAUCUGCUCACUGGAAGAAUUCCAACACAAAUUGGCAAUUUAAAGUCUCUUUCUGUACUAAGAUUGAACGCCAAUCAACUUACAGGUCAGAUUCCAGAAUCUAUUGCAAACUUACAGAGCUUAUGGCAUCUUAAUGUGUCUAGAAAUGUGCUUAUGGAUCCAUUACCUAAUAUAGCAUUUUCUAAGGGACUCCCUUCUCUGUUAGCCAUAGAUCUGUCCUACAACAGUCUUAAUUUAGGGACAGUCCCUGAAUGGAUCAGAAAUAGACAACUUUCUGAUGUCCAUCUAGCAGGCUGCAAGCUUAGAGGAACCCUCCCAAACUUUACGAAGCCCGACUCCUUGACCAGCUUAGACCUGUCCGACAAUUAUUUCACAGAUGGGAUUGCAAAUUUUCUCACAAAGAUGUCGAGCUUGCAGAGUGCCAAGAUUUCUAAUAACCUAUUGAAGAUUGAUCUCUCCUCAAUCAGAUUGCCUGAUCAACUUUCCUCUCUUGAUCUCCAUUCCAACCUACUGUUUGGUUCUCUUUCAAGUAUAUUAAGCAACAAGACGAGCAAAUUUUUGGAGGCUAUUGAUGUCUCGAUGAAUCAAAUUUCUGGAAGCAUUCCUGAAUUCAGUGGUGGGUUGAACUUAAAGGUGCUCAACAUAGGAAGUAACAGGAUUGCAGGUCAUAUUCCUAGUUCAAUUUCAGACCUGGCUAAGCUUGAAAGAUUCGACAUUUCAAGAAAUCAUAUAACAGGCACAAUCCCAACGAGUUUAGGAUUAUUAGUGAAGUUACAAUGGCUAGACUUGUCAAUCAAUGGGCUUACAGGAAAAAUUCCAGACAGCUUGCUGGGAAUUGAAGCAUUGAAACAUGCAAGCUUCAGGGCAAAUAGAUUGUGUGGAGAGAUACCACAAGGAAGACCAUUUAACAUCUACAGUGCAGCUGCAUAUGCUCACAACUUGUGCUUGUGUGGAAAACCUUUGCCACCUUGCAAGGGAAAAUAA